GGAAGUGCGUGCAGCCGGUCGGUGGAACGCUUGAGUGCGUGUCAGCUGUGUGUGAGCAUUUAUUGCGACCAGGUAUUCCAAUAAAAUGCCCAGGCACCCUGGGCUAACACUUGGCGUUGCAUCUUUGGUGGGAACCACUGUAGGAUGUCUUGUACUGUGGAGGUUUAUUCAUCGGAGAAGACAACUCUCUGCUGCCAGUCUCCACAAGAACAUAAGCCCUGGAGGUGAUGCUUGCAUCGACUGCACAGAGAGAGAGAGCAGCGAAAACUCAGAGGAAGAAUAUUGUGGUGUGUCUGCCGUAGAGAAGAUUUUGGAAGCUGAAAUCAAAGUAGUGUCUGAAACCGAAGAAUGGGAGGAAAUCUGGCCCAUUUUGAACAAAGAGCUUACAUACUACAAAGUUCUUGGUAUAGACUGUGAAUGGGUGGCUGUAGAAGGAAAAAAGAAACCAGUAUCUCUACUACAGAUGGCUACCCACAGUGGUUUUUGUGUCCUGGUUCGUUUGCCUCAAUUUGUCAACUCUGGCCGUACUGUCCCCAAUACGUUUCUCAAUCUCCUCGCAAACCCCAGCAUACUGAAAGUUGGAGUUGGCUGCUGUGAUGACUCCAAUAAACUGCAGUGUGAUUAUGGCCUUUCUGUGAAAGGACUUGUCGAUAUCAGAUACCUUGCAAUGAGACAGAGAAGAGACUCAUUUCAGAACAGUUUGAGUCUAAAGACUCUCUCCGAGAGUAUUUUAUCCUUCCCCCUAGACAAAUCCUUUCAGCUGCGCUGCAGCAAUUGGGAUGCAGAAGAAUUUAGUCAGGAUCAGGUUUUGUAUGCCGCAAGGGACGCACAAGUCUCUAUUGCCCUCUUUCUUCACCUGCUGGGAUUCUUCUCACCAGAUUCACCCUGCUCUUGGGAGUUUUUACUCGGAAAAUGUCAAGGGUUGGUAGAUGUCCCGUUUAAAGCAAAAUCUGCUGGCAUUUUAAAUGGAGAUGUAAAUGGUGCACAAAGAACUAAGAGGUCAAGGUCUGAAGAGAAGCUCUCUCAGAUUAACCAAGGCAAAGACCCUCGCAAGAAUAAGAAAAAGCCCCUCGGUGUGGGAUACUCUGCAAGGAAAGCACCAUUGUAUGAUAAUUGCUUUCUGCAUGCUCCUGAUGGACAGCCCCUGUGUACGUGUGAUCGGAAGAAAGCUCAGUGGUAUCUGGAUAAGGGCAUUGGAGAUCUGAUUAGCAAUGACCCAUUCAUUGUGAAGUUGCGAUUUGAACCAUCUGGCCGCCCCGAGUCCAGUGUGGACUACUACCUGACGGUUAAAGAGAAUCUUUGUGUUGUGUGUGGCAAAAGGGAGUCUUACAUAAGAAAGAAUGUGGUGCCCCACGAAUACAGACGCCAUUUUCCUAUCCAGAUGAAAGACCACAAUUCUCAUGAUGUGCUGCUGCUUUGUACGUCCUGCCAUGCAGUGUCUAACUACCAUGAUGCCAGUUUGAAGCAGCGGCUCUCGGAGGAAUUUAAUGCCCCUAUAGGUUGCGAAGAAGGGGUGCGCAUGCUGGAAGACCCUGAACGUAGGCAGGUGCGCUCGGCAGCCCGGGCUCUCCUAAAUGCCUCCAAGCUGCCAGAGCAACGAAGGAAUGAGCUUCUCAAAGAGAUCAAAAACCAUUAUGGAACGGAAUACAUAACCCAUGAGACUCUACAAGAGGCAGCUAGUCUUGAGACAAGGAUUUUCAAUGAGUCCUACGUGCCCCAUGGAGUGAAGGUAGUGCAGAGCUACGCUAAAGGUGGACUGAAAUCUUUAAUGGAGCUUGAGAAACGUUGGCGUCAGCAUUUCUUGGACAGCAUGCAACCCAAGUACCUGCCACCACAAUGGUCUGUUGAUCACAACCACAGCAAGUUGCUCAGGAAAUACGGUGAAAAUCUGAUGAUUCCAGUGGGUUAGAUCAACUUGACAGGAUCUUAUUUAUUUAAACAUACAAGAGUGAGUGCAGAGAGAAUCUCUUCAUGCUUGGUUCAUGUACAAACUGUUCUUAAAGAAAGCCAUUAAUGUGUUAUGAGACAUGCCUUUGCUUGAUCACAACACACAUUCUUUUCUUUUUUUUUUUAGUGGACCUUGACAUGAGAUUCCUACCUCCUUUGUGUAAAAAAACUAAAAUUAAAAAAAAAAAUUAAAAUCAAACCAACAAAAAAAUAUUAUUAGAAUUUUACCAGAACAGUUUAGACUCACUUUAACCCAAUUUUUGUGGGAUUAAAGGACGAUAUACAUUUUAACUUUGUAACUGAAAUACUUAUCUUCUCGCUGUUUUGGCUUACAGUGGAAUGCAUUUUGAGAGCCACCUUUUACUUUAUAUUUUGAGGACUGACUGAUCCUUCAGAUCUAGACUUCUGGUAAGGGUGAAUUUACCAAGCUUGCCAAAAUUGACUAGACUUUUCUGUCCUAUAAUGUGAAACUGUGUUUCUGCAUGUUCUUUCGUUAUUUGUAAAGGUGUACAUAUAUAGAUAUAUAUAUUCCCCCUCUCCC